UUCACAGUUGAGAACGUAAUACGUACUCCUUCCUGCAUACAGUACGUACAUAGAUAUAGAUAGAUAGAGAAAAUGGAGGGAGCGGACGAAAGGCCGGAAGAACUGAUCAACUACUAUGUCAAGAGUCGGGUGGCCGCACGGAACAUGGCAGGCGCUGCAGGGUUCUUUGCGUUGUUAUGGUCCACCGUUGUGCUCCUCGGCGGCUACGUUAGCGUCCUAACCAUCAAGGAUUUCUGGUCUCUCUCGGUGCUGAGCCUUCUAAUGGCGUCCCAACUGAUUCUGCUCGAAAUGAAAAUCGUAACUGGUUGGGAUUAUCUGGCAGAUGUGCACAUAUUACGUUUGAGUUUGACUAAGGGACAGAAAAUUCAGCUUAAGUGGACAAAGGAAAGUUGUGAUCACUUGGUGAAUAUAUUUAUCGUGUCCACAUCGCUCGUCGUGAAGAUGAUUGUCUCAAUAUGCAUAGCAUUGCCCAUCAUUUUGGUUGGCCCAUUUUUGGCCAUGGCACUCUCAGUGGCACGUCUCGUACAACGUGAUUACGGCGAUGUAGGUGGAGAUGCUGCAAACAAAGCAAAACUGGACGCGGCAAUGAUCAUCUUCUAUGUUCUAGUUACCUUUCAGAGUUUAUCCGUCUUUUUCUGGAUACUUGUUAAUACAUCUCAGCCGGUGAUGUUGGUGAGCAAACGGUCCGGAUUUGGGGCUUGGGGUCCCAAAACUGUUAGGAGAUACUUGAAUAAAACCAGAGACAAGUAUCGGAAGGACGGGUUGUUGCCCAACAACUGGAACUUGAUCACAUUCAAUGUUGGGUUGCUGGAGUCUGCAUCUCAGGAUGACCGUCUAUGUGGAGCAAGGGUGUUAGAUACUUUAGUCAUGCAAGGUAUAACUAUAAGACAAGAGCUACUGUCUUCUAGCCAAGCAAUUCAGAAUCUGAUCAACAUGAUUGGCCUGACAAGAACAGAUAACCACGAGACCAGAGAGCGUGCCGCAAGGAUUGUUGCGGAUCUAGGAAGUGAGCUAUGUAUAACCCAGUUUCCGGAUCUACUUCGAUGCAUAUGCUGCCUACUUGAAAGCUGCAACCAAUAUAUUAAGCCAGAAGUUGCCCAGCCAUUCGUCGAAAAAAAACAAGUCAAGUUGCCCAAGACAAAAUCAUUGAUCCAGAUCAUAAAAGUCGCGUACAAGACUAGAUUGCUUUUAGUUUUUGGAGAAGGGUACGAGUACUCCUAUGUAUCGAAAGGAACCAAAGACACCAUCUCUCAAGGCCUGCUGAUUCUUGAGAGGCUCACACAAGACGAAGACAACUGUAUAGAGAUAAUCAAACACCAAAGGCUCCUCUCUAAGAUCACAUUACCACUAAGCUACCAGGACCUACCCAGCCAUGGAUGGGACCAUACAUGGGCUGAGAUGCUAAGCAGAUCACUCACAGUUGUGAGCAGGCUUAUCAGAGCUGGACCUACAGAUGACACCAUAAGGCUGCAACAUGCUAUGUCGCGCAACAUGGUAGCUGUCCGCAAUUUGAUGCGUAUUUUGGAGGUUGACAGUGAAGAUGCCUUCUCCGAACUACAUGGGCAAGCGAUAGAAAUCCUUACAGAGCUGGCCUUUGAUGAUUCUUUCAGAAAACUAGCUUUUGAUGAAUCUACAAGCAUGACUGAAAUGCUCGUCAAGACACUGGGGCGCAUCUCCCUUGAGGAUGGCAACAACAAUGGUAUAGUGGCAAAAGAAGAGGAAGAGAAAGACAAGAGAGUGAGGAGAAAAGCAGGGAAAGCACUGGCGAGAUUAUUGCUUCGCGUCCCAAGUGCAAGAGAUAAUAGUGUUGCAUUGACUUCUGCACCAAAUGUUAAUGAUAUUUAUCUACUUCCCAAACAAGACAUGGUCAAUCUGUUGACCAAGGUUGUUAAUCAAAUAUUAUCUAGUAAAGGAGAAAAGGCUGCAGAUGUGGUAAUGCUGGCUGGUCCAAGCAAUGGUUUUCAUGUAGAAAUGAUUGUAGAAAGCCAGCCUCCAAAAGGUUUUGAAUCUGACACUAGACAGCCUUCCAUUCAGGAAACUGAAGAACAAUCUGAGGACAGAAAAAUGCUUAUGUCCAUGCUAUCCCUCACCAUGGCGAUAUGCAAAAAAAAUGUGAUCAGCGGAGAUGAUUUUACCCGUGCCAUCCCUGAUGAUGCAGCACUCGUGAAGAAGCUCAAGGAGAUAGUAGAACUGCUUCAGGAUGCCACGACUGGCGGCUGGAGAAUUCUGAAGCUUGUUUGUCAGGUGGUUAUAGCAGUGGUUCAGCUCACACCCAGCUGUACCAGAGAGUUCAACAGACAUAACUUCAAGGAGGCACUGUCCAAGGCUCUUGCUACCAUGUCGGAUGUUGAUAACUGCAUGAUAUUUGCUGGCAAUGACCGUGAGGUGCCUGUCAGGUCUCUCGCUUCUCUUGUGGAAGAGGCACAGGAGCUCUUUGCACAAGAGCAGGGUGACAUAAUCUCUACCUGAUGAUGAAGGGGGCAUCAUUCGAGUUUAUUAUUCGUCUGUAUUUGUUGCAAAAGGUGUGCUUGUGGAGUUUGUCUUGCUGAGUUAUGUUGAUGAUGGUACAAUGCUUAACAACUUCAUUCGAAUGUAUUAUUCUUCUAUAUUUGUUCCAAUUGAAUUCUCUUUGUCAAUGUUUAACAACUUCAUUGAGGACCUUUGUUACGUCUUUUAUUUGUUUAAAGUUGAAAAACGAUGUUUGUCGGCUUAGAGUAUAAUUUAUUGGCGUACUAUUUCCCAACAACUAAGGUGGUUGCAAGUAAAACAGUUAGCAAAUUGCAUUUGCGAUGCAUAUACACACAUACACAACAAGCAUGCACAA